AUGUCCGACCCUCCGGUGGCCCUUCGCCAUCAGGCGGCCGACAAGACCACCUCCCGACGAACCCCAGCGGUCUCCGCCAAAGCCACACGCCUUCGGCCUCCGGUUCGCCCACCCACGAGACAGCGUCCCGGCCAGAACCCUCCCAUGCCGGUCGAUCGAUGCCCAUCCUACCGAUCGAAACCUCGUCUCUUCUCGAAGCACUCAACGAAGGGCCCAGCUAUCGGGGCUCGAGCCAUGGAACCUUUCGCCUGGCAACGAGAGUCUGAGAACCGGGUCCGAUAUCGCGUCCGAGUACGAGUACGACUCCCCAAUGCCCCCGACGCUACCGUCUCCCUGCUCGUUGGCUCCGUUAUCAAGAGGUCCGUUGAUUCGGGCGGCAACGAGGACAAUGACGUGAUGCAGGCACAAAUCUGUGGUAUUAUCGGCGGUAUCGCCGGUGCCACCCUGCUAGCAGCCGGCCUCGUGCGCAUCGGCUUCUUGGACAGCGUUCUUAGCAGGCCGUUUCUCCGCGGCUUCAUUUCCGCCAUUGGCUUCGUCAUUGUUGUUGACCAACUGCUCCCGCAGACGGGUCUGUCGGAAGCGGCUAAGAAGGCGGGCGUGAGCCACGGCAGCUCCAUUGAAAAGCUCAAUUUCUUGAUCCACAACUGGGAACACGCCCAUAAACUCACCUUCACUAUCUCCCUUACGGCCUUUGUCGUCAUCAUGGUGUGCCGCCAGAUCAAGAAGAAGCUUCAGCCCCGCUAUCCUUCCGUCGCGUACGUCCCCGAUCGCUUCGUCAUCGUCGUCGUCGCCUCCAUCCUCUGCUGGAAGCUCGAGUGGGACCAGAACGGCGUGCCCAUCAUUGGCGCCAUCAGGUCCGCUUCGGGCAACCUCUUCACCUUCCGCUGGCCUCUCAUGCCUUCCAACAUGAAGCACAUCCGCGAGGCCAUGAGCACGUCGUUUUUGAUCGCCCUCCUUGGGUUCUUUGAGUCCAAUGUCGUUGCCAAGAAUCUCGGCCGCUCCGUCGACUUCCCGGGCAUGCAGCUGAGCGCCAAUCGCGAACUGGUUGCCCUUGGCGUGGCGAACCUUGUUGGCGGCUGCUUCAUGGCCCUGCCCGCGUUUGGCGGCUACGGUAAGAGCAAAGUCAAGGCUGCCACGGGAGGCAAGAGCCCCAUGUCGUGUGUGUUCCUGAGCUUGAUUGCACUAUUCACGAUCAGCUUCCUCUUGCCUUAUAUGUACUACCUACCGAAACCCGUGCUAUCGGCCAUGAUUACUGUCGUGGCCAUUUCGCUCAUCGAAGAAGCGCCUCAUGACGUCAUCUUUUUCUUGCGCAUCCACGGAUGGCGCGAGCUCGGUCUCAUGUCCGUCAUCUUCCUCUCGACCAUCUUUUACUCCCUUCCUCUGGGUAUCGCCAUCGGUAUCGGCCUCUCCGUCCUUCAAGUCAUCCGCCACGCCACGCGCCCACGCAUCCAGAUUCUUGGCCGCAUGCCCGGCACCCGCCGGUUCGAAAGCGCCGAGACCCACGCGGAUCGUGUCGAGCUCGUCGAUGGCUGUUUGAUUGUCAAGAUUCCCGAGCCCCUCACUUUUGCCAAUACGGGUGAGCUCAAGACGCGCCUGCGCCGCCUUGAGUUUUACGGUACAAGCAUGGCGCACCCCGCGCUGCCGCGCCUGCGCCGCGAGGAAUCCAACAAGAAUAUCAUUUUUGAUAUCCAUGGCGUGACGUCCAUGGACGGUUCGGGCACCCAGGUCCUCGAGGAUAUCGUGAGGUCGUAUAGGGAGCGCAACGCCCGCGUCUUCUUUAGCCGGGGACCCAAGGACCCGAAGCACCCGGUGCGCAAACUCAUUGAGAGGUCGGGCAUCAUGGAGCUCAUCGGGGACCUCGACACUAUGUCGACGACGUGCACGAGGCACUGA